AUGAUUGCGUGGUCGGAAUGUAACAAAACACAAGGCAACAAACGUCGAAAUUUUCAAGCCGAACUUAUUUGCAGUGCGAGUGAAAGCACUACAAGCAGCGGAAAUACGAAACAGGAAUCGGUACUUAUGCUUCCACUGGACAUACCGACUCCCAUGAUCAGUCAUCCACUUCUUCACACUCGCGCCGGAUCUGUAUUUUUCUGA